AUGCAUUUGGACACAGCAAAGUCGAUCGUGCACUUGGUGAUUGAGAGAGCUAGUCGUGACAAACCAGAAAGGUGGGUAACGUUAUUACAAAGUUUGAGGCUCCUAUGAGUUAUGCCCAAACAGCUGCUAGUGCGAUAACAAAUGGGCAUUCUGAACUAUUUGGGAGUUUUUUUUUGUUUGGGCGUAGUCUACUAAACUUAAGAUUUACAUAGACUUUAAUUUGAAAUCUGCACAUUCAGUUUGGCUGUUAUGGUUUAGUAUUUGUAAGUUUUUGCCAAAUUGUUCAGCAGUUCAUGUUUGUAAAUGUUUUUUGAAGAAAACCCAGUUUAAGUUGGAGGGUGGAUAACUGCAGAGUUAAGUAUAUACUUGUGUCUAGUGUUUGGAUUGUUAAGUGAUUAAAAUAAAACUGGAAGCCUUUCAGCCAUAGAAUUGGCAGUUAUUUGUACUUAACAGCUGUAUUAAUUGUUACUAAUGUAAUUUUUCUUCUUUAAGAUUAAUGCAUUUGUUUGAAGAACACGAGACUGCAGCAACUGGAAAACCUUCACAGCAUUUUACAAAUGUUUCUAAAUAUUAA